ACAAAUGGAAUGUUCUUGACCUCACUUGGGCUCGCAGGUUUUUAAAGGAAGCGAAAGAAGCAAAGGAAUAUGACUAUGCAACUUUGGAAGAGAAGGUAAAAAAACAACGUGCAAACAAAGGUUUGCAGAUCUACUUGGAAGGAAUAAUUUACGAGCGAGGAAAGAUGGAAGCACAACGAGCACAUCUAACUGGAAGUAUAAAAGUAUACAGCAAAGUUGCAGAACAUAACGCUGAAAUAUUAUUCUCUGAAGACUAUUCAAAUAUCUUUCCUUUUCAAAGUGGACAUCUUAAAACAAUCAGAGAUGAAAAAAACAAUACAUUUUUAAACACGUUUGGAAAAGAUAAGGUAUGGUAA